AUGGCUUCCGAUAUGGAUAAACGUAUCUUGCAGUUGCUUGAUGAAGACAAUGAUGACUGUGUUGAUGAUCCUGACUUUUCUUGCAGUUCUAAAUCGCAUGAUAGCAAUGGUUCUAACACGAGUGAUUCUGAAGUCAGUGACCAAGACAACAAUGAGGUUUCGUACGUUGGAGGUUCAACUAACAAUGUAGUGUUGUGGUCAAAGGUAGAUGCAAUGUUCAGACCUCGAAAGACUAUGCCAAACAUGGUAAUUCCAGUUGUAUUAGGAAAAUUGGAUAGGAGUGCUUCAGAACUAGACGUCUUUGAGAAAAUUUUUCCUCCCAGUCUUUUUAUAUUUAUCUCUCAGUGUACUAAUCAGAGACUAAAAAUGAAGAAAGCCACAGUUCAGAGCACAGAUCCUGGAGAAAUUAGGUUGGUUCUUGGUGUUAUGCUUGUAAUGUAUUAUAAUAGAGUGCCCUCAUUUUCGGACUAUUGGUCACACAAUGCUUCAAUGGGAAAUGUUGCAAUAAAAAGAGCAAUUUCCAGGGAUAGGUGCAAAGUGUUACUUUCCAAACUGUACUUCAAUUUACCUGAGAAACCAGACACAGCUGGUAAGCUGUACUACCUAGAGCCAAUAGUCACUUGUCUGAAAAACACUUUUCAGAAAGCGAGGUCGGAAAGUACAGCACACAGCAUUGACGAGUCUAUGAUAAAGUUCAAAGGAAGGUCAGCCUUGAAACAAUACCUUCCUAUGAAACCAGUGAAGCGUGGGAUAAAGAUAUGGAUGAGGAGUGAUUCUGUAACAGGCUACACAUAUGACUUCAACAUAUAG